UCCAAGAAGUACAAAUUCAUCUGUAGGAGGGGGAAAAGAAGGUGAGACAUGGUUUUAGUCUUCACAUAAAAAGUGACAAAAAUGUUCUGUGAGAAAUAUCACUCACCUAUCUGUUGACUGGUGAGGAAGAACCACAGAGGCAAUCAUGUUCCUUUUUCUUAUUUAAUCUCUUUCCUAGUGAUCCGUCACCAUGAGUACGGACGCGGAGAUGGCCAUCUAUGGCAAGGCUGCCAUAUACCUCCGUAAGCCUGAAAGGGAAAGGAUUGAGGCUCAAACAGCACCCUUUGAUUCAAAGAAUUCCUGCUAUGUGUCAGAUGCCAAGGAGCUUUACCUUAAGGGUUUAAUUACUGGCCAGGGCCGAUGGAAAGUCUACUGUGACAGUCACAAAUCCUGACGGCACUAAGGAGGUAAGCCUGAUUUUGAAAAGUGUUGAAGUUUGUGCAAUUACUCUAUUUCUUCAAUAAAACCUUCAAAAUGAUAAAAAAAUAUGCCAUAAGGCAAACUUAAAUUAGUAACAAAAGACAGAUUAAGAAGCAUUUCUUUGUUUUUUGUAAACAGAAUAUAACCUUUAAACAUAGCUACUAUUUAAAAACGGCAUGGUAAUUUUUUAUAUUGACUAGUCAAAAAUCACCAUGUAUAUAUCAGUGGGUGAAAACAAAGUAGUUGGAUUGAACAGGGCUAUGCAUUUUUUAAAAUAUUGAACUUUCAGUCAUGUCCAGUUUGAUCUGCGUGUAAUCUAGAUUUCUGACUGUUUCAGGAAGGAAAAGAGUUCAAAGAUGCAGACAUCUUCCAGAUGAACCCCCCUAAGUACGACAAGAUUGAGGACAUGGCCAUGAUGACCUACCUGAAUGAAGCCUCUGUGUUGUAUAACCUCAAAGAGCGUUAUGCAGCAUGGAUGAUCUAUGUAAGAAGCCUGCAUAAACACAGACACACAUACAUGAACAUAACAAACCCACACAUACACUACUACACAUCAAUACAUGGUAGAAACCAAAACAUAUCAAUACAGCAGGUCUACAUCAGUAUACCAGAGUACACCCACGUCCUCACAGAAAUCCAAGUAAAUGUCAGUCAGAUUUUGCUAAUCCCCUAAUUUCAUUGAAUCCCUUUCAUCCAGACCUACUCUGGGCUCUUCUGUGCCACGGUGAACCCCUACAAGUGGCUCCCCGUGUACGACAUGGAGGUUGUCAACGCCUACAGAGGGAAGAAGAGGAUGGAGGCUCCACCCCAUAUCUUCUCCGUCUCUGACAACGCCUUUCAGUUCAUGCAGAUUGGUACGAGCUCUCACGGAUGGAUGAAUGGAUGGAUGGAUGGAUGGAUGAAAGUUAAAAUAUGCUUUAGAGAGGUAUCUCCUGUUUUCUAGUCUAGGUUAGAACAGUUUGCUGGGAAUAUCUGAUUUCACUAGCCUUGAAUGGAACAUGUUCCAAAAUGAAAUUCAUGAUGAUGCUAUUUGUAUUUGUAUUUAUUAUGGUUCCCCAUUAGUUCCUGCCAAGGCAGCAGCUACUCUUCCUGGGGUUUAUUAUGGAUCCCCAUUAGUUCCUGCCAAGGCAGCAGCUACUCUUCCUGGGGUUUAUUAUGGUUCCCCAUUAGUUCCUGCCAAGGCAGCAGCUACUCUUCCUGGGGUUUAUUAUGGAUCCCCAUUAGUUCCUGUCAAGGCAGCAGCUACUCUUCCUGGGGUUUAUUAUGGUUCCCCAUUAGUUCCUGACAAGGCAGCAGCUACUCUUCCUGGGGUUUAUUAUGGUUCCCCAUUAGUUCCUGCCAAGGCAGCAGCUACUCUUCCUGGGGUUUAUUAUGGAUCCCCAUUAGUUCCUGCCAAGGCAGCAGCUACUCUUCCUGGGGUUUAUUAUGGAUCCCCAUUAGUUCCUGACAAGACAGCCGCUAAUCUUCCUGGGGUUUAUUAUGGAUCCCCAUUAGUUCCUGCCAAGGCAGCAGCUACUCUUCCUGGGGUCCAGUAGCAUUAAGGCAGUUAUAUACAAUUACAAAAAUUACAUUAUAUUUCAUAACACUUUUCACAACACAUUAAGUGUACUAUAUUACGUAUUGGAUCACUAACAAAUACAACUUUUACAUUACCGUGUAGUUGACCAAUAAAAUGGUCUGAUGGGGAUGUGGACAUACUCGGUAUACAUAUCCCGAAAGAAAUUAUCUCACUCCAAUAAACUUUAAUAGAAAGUUAGCAAAAAUAGAUAAGAUCUUGCUACCAUGGAAAGGAAAAUACCUGUCUAUUUGUGGAAAAAUCCCCCUGAUUAACUCCUUAGUCGUAUCCCAGUUUACCUAUUUGCUUAUGGUCUUGCCUACACCAGCAACCUGUUAUUUAAAUUAUAUGAGCAAAAAAUAUUCCAUUUCAUUUGGAAUGGCAAGCCAGACAAAAUUAAAAGGUCCUAUUUAUAUAAUGAAUAUGAAUUCGGAGGGCAGAAAUGAUUAAAUAUUAAAUCAUUAGACCUCUCACUGAAGGCGUCAGUCAUACAAAAGUUAUACUUAAAUUCGAACUGGUUCUCUAGCAAAUUAGUAAGAAUGUCUCACCCCAUGUUCAAGAAUGGCCUUUUCCCUUUAUUCAGAUUACAAACUCUCACUUUCGGUUAUUUAAAUACGAAAUCAUCUCCAAAAUAUAUUUAUAUUUAAAACAAGCCAUAGAAAGUUGGUUGCAAUUUCUGUUUAAUCCACCAGAAAAGACAGAACAAAUAAUACAACAAAUAUUGUGGUUAAAGUCAAACAUACUAAUUGAUUAAAACAAACAUUAUAAAAAAUUAAAUAAAAAAUAGUAUAAUCUUUGUAAAUGAUAUCAUAAAUAGGACUGGUGGAGUUAUGUCACACAUGCAGCAAAAAUAUAUGGAAAUGUCUGCUCCACCCAAAAUUACAACCAACUAAUUGCAGCAUUACGGCAAAAAUGGAAGAGGCAAGUGGAAGGGGGAAAAAGUAAGGAACUUGUCUGUCGGCCUGCAUUAAAGACCAAAAUUGGUUAAAGAAAAUUGUGAUAAAUAAAAAUAUAUGGCAAUUUCAUUUCAGGACCAAAUAAUUGGCCGCUGUACCAUAUAGAUUGCAAAAUAGUUGGGAAGAGAUUUCCGAUAUACCGAUUCCAUUGCACAUGGUUUAUGAACUGAUACGCAAAAUUACGCCGGAUUCAAAACUUAUAAUUUUUCGAUGUAAAUUAUUAUACAAAAUUCUUGCAACCAAUAUAAUUGUAUAUAUAUGGGGGAUAUAACCUUCCUAGCUCUGCAGAUUUUGCUGCAAAGAGACAGAGUCAUUAGAUCAUUUAUUUUGGUACUGUCCAUAUGUAGCUUGUUUUUGGUCACAGGUCCAGGAAUGACUGAAGAAUUGCAACAUUUACCGGGAGCUAACACUGCAGAUAGCAAUACUGGGUGAUUUGAAAAGUGAAAGUCACUCGAUCAAUAAUAAAAUAAUAAUUUUAGCAAAAAUCUUUACCUUUAAUUUACAAUAUGUAGAAACUAUGAGAAUAGAAAGGUUUAGAACUUUUGUGAAGCAUCACAGCACAGUUGAAAAAUAUGGCAAAUAAAAAUCCAGUAUGGAUGGUGUUAAGAGAUAGAUGGGAGGGGUUGAGUGGACCUGAAGGGUGGGACUAAUAACAACAAGAUAACAAAGGUAAAAUAUACUGUGUCUGUAAAAUGUAUAUAGGUUCAGAACUUUUGGGAAACAGCACAGUUAAAAAAUAUAUGGCAAAUCGAAAUCAAACUGGAUGGACAUCAGAGAUAGAUGGGAGAGGGUAGAGGGUAGAAUUAAAAACAAACAAAAUAAAAUUAUUGAAAAUUAGAUUGUGUCCGUAAAAUGUAUAUAGUAUGUAUAAGAUGGAAGUAGAAGCCUAAGUGUUGUUGUUCAUUAGUUUACCCCAAUUAGGGGAGGGGUGGUAGGGUUAGUGGAAAAUAAUAAAGGAACAAAUAUUUUUAAAAGAUAUGUGUGUAUAUAUAUAUAUAUAAAUAUAUUUACCCCCAAAAAAUAUGGGGGUUUGGAAAUGAUGCAGACAAUUACAUUGAUGGAAGCCACUCCCGUGUGGCGCAGUGGUCUAAGGCACUGCAUCGCAGUGCUAGCUGUGCCACUAGAGAUCCUGGUUCGAAUCCAAGCUCUGUUGUAGCCGGCCGCGACCGGGAGACCCAUGGGGCGGCACGCAAUUGGCCCAGCGUUGUCCAGGGUAGGGGAGGGAAUGGCUGGCAGGGAUGUAGCUCAGUUGGUAGAGGAUGGUGUUUGCAUCGCCAGGGUUGUGGGUUCGAUUCCCACGGGGGCCAGUAUGAAAAAUAAAUAAAAAUAAUGUAUGCACUCACUAACUGUAAGUCGCUCUGGAUAAGAGUGUCUACUAAAAUGUAAAUAAUUAACAGAGAGUAGCAGCAGCAUAAAAAAGUAAAAGAGUGUGGUGGGGUCAGUGCAGUCUCAUGGCUUGGGGGUAGAAGCUGUUAAGGAGCCUUUUGGACCUUGACUUGGCGCUCCGGUACCGCUUGCCGUGCGGUAGCAGAGAGAACAGUCUAUGACUAGGGUGGCUGGAGUCUUUGACAAUUUUUAGGGCCUUCAUCUGACACUGCCUGGUAUAGAGGUCCUGGAUGGCAGGAAAAUUGGCCCCAGUGAUGUACAGGCCUUACACACUACCCUCUGUAGUGCCUUGCGAUCGGAGGCCGAGCAGUUGCCAUACCAGGUGUGAUGCAACCAGUUAGGUGGUGCAGCUGUCAAAAUUUGGGAGGAGCUAAGGACCCAUGCCAAAUCAUUUCAGUCUCCUGAGGGGGAAUGGGCGUUGUCGUGCCCUCUUCACAACUGUCUUGGUGAUAGUUUAAACAGAUUGCUUGGUGCAUUUAACAUGUCAAUACUUCUCACAAAUACAAGUAGUGAUGAAUUCAAUCUCUCCUCUACUUUGAGCCAGGGGAGAUUGAUGUUAGCUCUCCAUGUACAUUUAAGGGCCAGCCAUGCUGCCCUCUUCUGGGCCAAUUGUAAUGUCUCUCUUUGUGACACUUGACCACAUGACCGGACAGUAUUUUAAUUUGUAUUUAUUAUGGAUCCGCAUUAGCUGCUGCCAAGUAGUCCAGAUGCAACAAAACUAGGGCCUGUAGGACCUGCCUUGUUGAUAGUGCUGUUAAGAAGGUAGAGCAGCGCUUUAUUAUGGACAGACUUCUCCCCAUCUUAGCUACUGUUGCAUCAAUAUGUUUUGACAAUGACAGUUUACAAUCCAAUGUUACUCCAAGCAGUUUAGUCUCUUCAACUUGCUCAAUUUCCACAUUAUUCAUUACAAGAUUUAGUUGAGGUUUAGGGUUUAGUGAAUGACUUGUCCCAAAUACAAUGCUUUUAGUUUUAGAAAAUAUUUAGGACUAACAUAUUUCUUGCCACCCAUUCUGAAACUAACUGCAGCUCUUUGUUAAGUGUUGCAGUCAUUUCACUUGCUGUAGUAGCUGAUGUGUAUAGUGUUGCGUCAUCAGAAUACAUAAACACACAGGCUUUACUCAGAGCCAGUGGCAGGUCAUUAGUAAAGAUUGAUAAAAGUAAGGGGCUUUGACAGCUGCCCUGGGGAAUGCCUGGCUCUACCUGGAUUAUGUUUGAGAGACUUCCAUUAAAUAAUACCCUCUGUGUUCUGUUAGACAGGUAACUCUCAAUCCACAAUAUAGCAGAGAACGUAAAGCAAUAUGUUUUUCCAGCAGCAGAUAAUGUCAAAAGCUGCACUGAAGUCUAACAAAACAGCCCCCAAAAUCUCUAAGCCAAUAAUCAGGCAUCUGUGUAAAUACAGUACCUGUUGCUAUGUACCCAUAAUGUUGUUUGAGUAAAAUAAUCAAUAUGUUUUUGGUUACAGAUAAUGAGAACCAGUCCGUCCUGAUUACGUAAGUUGUUUACUAGAAUUUCACUUGAGAAAGUAUUUCUAUCAGAACUUGGGUGUUAUGACAUUAUGAAUGGAUUAGGACCAGUCAGUCCUGAUUACUUGGGUGUUAUGACAUUAUGAAUGGAUUAGGACCAGUCAGUCCUGAUUACUUGGGUGUUAUGACAUUAUGAAUGGAUUAGGACCAGUCAGUCCUGAUUACUUGGGUGUUAUGACAUUAUGAAUGGAUUAGGACCAGUCCGUCCUGAUUACUUGGGUGUUAUGACAUUAUGAAUGGAUUAGGACCAGUCAGUCCUGAUUACUUGGGUGUUAUGACAUUAUGAAUGGAUUAGGACCAGUGCGUCCUGAUUACUUGGGUGUUAUGACAUUAUGAAUGGAUUAGGCUACUCGUAAUGCGAAGUCCAUUAGUGGGAAUAUUUGUUAAUAAUUUACUGAUGGAACAAAACAGAUCAACAGUGUAUUCUCAAUGAAACCCAAUCUGACACUAAAACAUGUGACUAAAACCCCUAUGUCUGUGUCAUAUAAACCAGUGGAGAAUCCGGUGCAGGAAAGACUGUCAACACCAAGCGUGUCAUCCAGUACUUCGCCACCAUUGCCGUGUCUGGUGGAGAAAAGAAAAAGGAUGAGCCUGGCAAAAUGCAGGUAGGUUGUGCUUGUGUUUCCAUUUUAACACAUUUCAGUCUGAUGGGCUGUGUAAACUUUUUUUUUCCAGCGGUGAAUCCUGUCUCAAGAAAGUGUUCAAGCUAUUAAGAAAAAACAAACUUUACCUCUUUACCAGUUUCCGAGCUACUUCUGUUUAUCUCAAUCAGGGCUCUCUUGAGGAUCAGAUCAUUGCAGCUAACCCUCUGCUGGAGGCUUACGGUAAUGCCAAGACAGUGAGGAACGACAACUCGUCUCGCUUUGUAAGUAUGAAGGGCAUACUGUGGAAGUUACCUUGUAUUGGAAACAUUUAUUUUAGUAGUUGUUAAAUCAAUAUAUGUCCAACAAACUGUAACAUUUAAAGGGGUGUAUCAAAAUAGUUGACCUAUUUCUAACCCCCAUGCUCUACUAUAGGGUAAAUUCAUCAGGAUUCAUUUCCAAGGAGGCAAACUGGCUAAAGCUGACAUUGAGACCUGUGAGUUGGUUUGAUUGUUUCUCAAUGCUUUCCUAAAUUCACACAGAUCAUUUUCUUGAGACCAUAUCAUCAAAUGUAAUCUCUCUCUCUCUCUCUCAGACCUGCUGGAGAAGUCCAGAGUGUCCUUCCAGCUGCCCGAUGAGAGAGGCUACCACAUAUUUUUCCAAAUGAUGACAGGCCACAAACCUGAGAUAGUUGGUAUGGAAAAGUAGAGGUUCAGAGAAGAUUAUUCCCACCCCUACCUGUGGAAUGAGUACAUUCAUGGUACCAAGGCAUCUAGACAAAGAUCUAUCAAGUAAUGCACUGUGAAGCACUAGUCCAGGAGCCUCAGUCCCCUCUUUUGAUGCUAUUUAUUAUAUACUACAUGUAUCCUUGAGUCCAUCUAUUGAGUAAAGGAGGGAGAGAUACUGUAAACGUAGGACAGCACAAUUCUAAGAGAUUUAACUGACAAGCCGUUCUCCGCUGUCCACAGAAAUGGCGCUAAUCACCACCAACCCCUACGACUUCCCCAUGUGCAGCCAGGGUCAGAUUACUGUGGCCAGCAUCAAUGACAAGGAAGAGCUGGAUGCCACAGACGUGAGUCAUACAAAGGGUUAAUCAAACUCUAGAUAUGGAAUGGGUAGAACCACCAUACACACUGAACGCAGUGAGCAAUUUCGACUUGGUGGCAGUUGGGAAUUUUCAUGUAUGUUUUAGUUUGAUUCUAAAUGCCUUGUGUCAGUUAGGCAUGUGCCUUCCCACUUCACCUUGGGGCACACACAUGGAAGACAUCCACAAGAGAGUGCCACUAAGUGCCCUGUGGAACUGUGUAAAACCCAUUUUGUGCUGCCAUCUACUAGUGUGUUGGCCAAGAGUAAUCAUGUGGAACAGAGAAGCCAGUCAAUUCCAUUCAUCCCAUUUGUUCUGGAGUGAGCACAGAACUGUAUCGUGAUGUAACUGAGCAAAUUACCAUUGAGUUAAUCACUUUUAUACGUCCUCUCUAAUGCCAGGAUGCCAUUGGAAUCCUGGGCUUCACUAAUGAGGAGAAGAUGGGCAUCUACAAGCUGACAGGAGCUGUAUUGCACCAUGGAAACUUACACUUCAAGCAGAAGCAGCGUGAGGAGCAGGCCGAGCCAGACGGCACAGAGGGUGAGUCCCAUUCAUUGAUAUACAAUAUGUAAAGCAUUAGUCCCAUUCAUUGAUAUACAUUAUGUAAAGCAUUAGUCCCAUUCAUUGAUAUACAUUAUGUAAAGCAGUAGUCCCACUCAUUGAUAUACAAUAUGUACAGUGGGGAAAAAAAGUAUUUAGUCAGCCACCAAUUGUGCAAAUUCUCCCACUUAAAAAGAUGAGAGAGGCCUGUAAUUUUCAUCAUAGGUACACGUCAACUAUGACAGACAAAUUGAGAAAGAAAAAUACAGAAAAUCACAUUGUAGGAUUUUUAAAGAAUUUAUUUGCAAAUUAUGGUGGAAAAUAAGUAUUUGGUCACCUACAAACAAGCAAGAUUUCUGGCUCUCACAGACCUGUAACUUCUUCUUUAAGAGGCUCCUCUGUCCUCCACUCGUUACAUGUAUUAAUGGCACCUGUUUGAACUUGUUAUCAGUAUAAAAGACACCUGUCCAUAACCUCAAACAGUCACACUCCAAACUCCACUAUGGCCAAGACCAAAGAGCUGUCAAAGGACACCAGAAACAAAAUUGUAGACCUGCACCAGGCUGGGAAGACUGAAUCUGCAAUAGGUAAACAGCUUGGUUUGAAGAAAUCAACUGUGGGAGCAAUUAUUAGGAAAUGGAAGACAUACAAGACCACUGAUAAUCUCCCUCGAUCUGGGGCUCCACGCAAGAUCUCACCCUGUGGGGUCAAAAUGAUCACAAGAACGGUGAGCAAAAAUCCCAGAACCACACGGGGGGACCUAGUGAAUGACCUGCAGAGAGCUGGGACCAAAGUAACAAAGCCUACCAUCAGUAACACACUACGCCGCCAGGGACUCAAAUCCUGCAGUGCCAGACGUGUCCCCCUGCUUAAGCCAGUACAUGUCCAGGCCCGUCUGAAGUUUGCUAGAGUGCAUUUGAUGAUCCAGAAGAGGAUUGGGAGAAUGUCAUAUGGUCAGAUGAAACCAAAAUAGAACUUUUUGGUAAAAACUCAACUCGUCGUGUUUGGAGGACAAAGAAUGCUGAGUUGCAUCCAAAGAACACCAUACCUACUGUGAAGCAUGGGGGUGGAAACAUCAUGCUUUGGGGCUGUUUUUCUGCAAAGGGACCAGGACGACUGAUCCGUGUAAAGGAAAGAAUGAAUGGGGCCAGGUAUCGUGAAAUUUUGAGUGAAAACCUCCUUCCAUCAGCAAGGGCAUUGAAGAUGAAACGUGGCUGGGUCUUUCAGCAUGACAAUGAUCCCAAACACACCGCCCGGGCAACGAAGGAGUGGCUUCGUAAGAAGCAUUUCAAGGUCCUGGAGUGGCCUAGCCAGUCUCCAGAUCUCAACCCCAUAGAAAAUCUAUGGAGGGAGUUGAAAGUCCGUGUUGCCCAGCGACAGCCCCAAAACAGCACUGCUCUAGAGGAGAUCUGCAUGGAGGAAUGGGCCAAAAUACCAGCAACAGUGUGUGAAAACCUUGUGAAGACUUACAGAAAACGUUUGACCUGUGUCAUUGCCAACAAAGGGUAUAUAACAAAGUAUUGAGAAACUUUUGUUAUUGACCAAAUACUUUUUUUCCACCAUAAUUUGCAAAUAAAUUCAUUAAAAAUCCUACAAUGUGAUUUUCUGGAUUUUUUUUCUCAUUUUGUCUGUCAUAGUUGACGUGUACAUAUGAUGAAAAUUACAGGCCUCUCUCAUCUUUUUAAGUGGGAGAACUUGCACAAUUGGUGGCUGACUAAAUACUUUUUCCCCCACUGUAAAGGAUUACUCCCAUUCCCAGUCCCAAACAUUGAAAUAGAACACGUAAGACAGACAGUACCACAUGAAAGUCAGGCAGGAGACCAAAUUCCAACCUCCAGAAAUGAUUUGAAAUGAUGGAUGUGGGUGAAAAUCAAAACCUAACCCACAAAAGAGUGACAUCAGAAACAAGCAUGAGUCUGUUGUUGUUGGUUCUCUCUCCAGUGGCUGAUAAAAUCGGCUACCUACUGGGCCUGAACUCAGCUGAGAUGUUGAAGGCUCUCUGCUACCCCAGAGUGAAGGUCGGCAACGAGUAUGUGACCAAGGGACAAACUGUGCCUCAGGUAAGGUGGUAAAUAACAGCAUCAUCUGAGCACAGGAAUUAUCUUGGGGAUGACUGCAUUUCUUAUUUUAUUUUUAACCCCCUUUUUCUCCCAAUUUCAAUUACGAUCUUGUCUCAUCGCUGCAACUCCCCAACGGGCUCGGGAGAGGCGAAUAGUAAUGUGUUUCUCCCCAAGCUUUUAUCACCUUAUUACUAGACAUGGUCAAUAUCUCAUGUAUUCAUUUGAGCUAUUAUUAUUGCAGGUUAAUAACUCAGUCUCGGCCCUGGCCAAGUCCAUCUAUGAGAGGAUGUUCUUGUGGAUGGUUAUCCGUAUCAACCAGAUGUUGGACACCAAGAAUCCAAGGAAGUACUAUAUCGGUGUGCUCGACAUUGCUGGGUUUGAGAUUUUUGAUGUGAGUAUGAGACAAUAACAAGACAAUUAGUUAUGAUUGAGAGGGAUUACAGCCUUGUAUGAUGAAAUGAUCCCUUUUGAAAUUCCAUCAACAGUACAACAGCAUGGAGCAGCUGUGCAUCAACUUCACCAAUGAGAAACUGCAACAGUUUUUCAACCACACCAUGUUCGUCCUGGAGCAAGAGGAGUACAAGAAGGAGGGAAUAGUCUGGGCCUUCAUUGACUUCGGCAUGGACUUGGCUGCCUGCAUUGAGCUUAUUGAGAAGGUAAGCUGUCUGUGAAAUUAAAAUGGACCGCAUCACCAUAGCUCACAGGGAGCGCUUUGUGAGAUAUUAUCACAGUGGUACAAUACAUCUGUCUGUUGCGAACUCGGUAUGUUUCCUAUGAUAUGCCACUAAAUGAAUAUAAUCCUAUAAUAGUAUGUUUGGUAAAGGAAUACAUGUGAUUCUAAAUGUAAAUUUCACUAAUUUGAUAUACAUCUCUUUUCGUGAAGCCAAUGGGCAUCUUCUCCAUCCUUGAAGAGGAGUGCAUGUUCCCCAAGUCUUCAGACACUACAUUCAAGAACAAGCUUUACGACCAGCAUCUUGGCAAAAACCAGGCAUUUGAGAAGCCCAAGCCUGCCAAAGGCAAGGCAGAGGCCCACUUCUCCCUGGUACACUAUGCCGGUACUGUGGACUACAACAUUACUGGCUGGCUGGACAAGAACAAGGACCCCCUGAAUGAUUCUGUUCUUCAGCUGUACGGGAAGUCCUCAGUGAAACUGUUGGCUACCCUGUAUGUUGCUGCCCCACCUGAGGGUAAGACUAGCAUCACAUCAAAAUAUUUAAUUAAGCAAUACCCACUGGGCACACUUGGAAGUUGAAAUGACGUGGUGUUCAUUUGUAGACAAACUGCAUAUUGAAUUGUUCUUGGUUGUCAACGCAAACAAAUAUCAACAGAGUAUCUUCUGCUUGGAUAGUUCCAUCUGUGCCACUGAUUUCAUCUGCCUUUACCUCCAGUUUGUCUUCAAAUUAAUCAUUGAUAUGGUGGAUUCACGUCUCCAUCCAAACCAAAAAUCCAAUCAAACUUUAAAUGCACUUUAAAUAAAGUUUGAUUUGAUUUAGUCCUAUUCUUUAACUUGAUUCUUGGUUGAGAUUGAGAUGUCAAUCCAACAUAUUAAUUAUUCAUAUUCAAAUCAAAUCAAAUCCAAUUGUAUUUGUCACAUGCGCCGAAUACAACAGGUGUAGACCUUACAGUGAAAUGCUUCCUUACAAGCCCUUAACCAACAAUGCAGUUUAAAGAAAAAUAAGAGUUAAGUAAAACAUGGAUAAGUACAAAUAUUUGGUUUAGUCAUAUUACUUAACUUCCAUUUUUGGUUGAGAUGGAGACGUGAAUUGAACAUCUUAAUGAUUAACUUGAAGAUUACAUUUGAAAUCCACCAAAGCUUGAAACCCUAGGCCUAUAUUUAUUAUCUAUUUUCAGUUGAACCCUGGGUAGAACCCUGGGUAGAAUUUGAACCCUGGGUAGAAUUUGAACCCUGGGUAGAAUUUGAACCCUGGGUAGAUGACUUCCCUAAUGUUAUAUAGGCCUAAGUAGCAUCAUUGAUGAUAUAUGACUUAUAAAGUAUUGUUACAUUUAAUUUUCUCUGUUAAACCUACCCUUUCGAAUUGUUUUUGAUAGCAACAGUUCAUAUAUUUAGUUAUUAAGAGAAAGCUCAAUCAUCAUUCUCCCGAUAGCACGUUGGUAACAGUCUGUAACAAGUAUGAAAGCCAAGCAGGGCUAGGCUUGGUUAAAACACUGGAUGGGGAACCAAACGGUAGCUGUAGAUAGAUCAAUUCUCCAGUAGGAGGUGCUUCCCAGCCUACUGUUUUUUUCUGAUAGAGGAUAUAACGUUGUUUCAAAGGUACAAAUUCAACAUAUUUUAUACAAGGUUUUUCUAUGUUGAAAUUGGUUACAAUGAUGACAUAGUCCUGUGUAUGAAAUUUCACCUUCAAAACAAUAGUUGAUUACUUUUUCAAAUCCAGUGUAUUUUCCAUGUAGAUUCCACGUCCCAAUACAUUGACAAAUUACAUUGAAACAACAUCGCUUUAACCCGUUUGUGCCCAGUGGGUAGUUACAACUCAGACCCACAUUUUCUUUAAAGUCUUUGAAUGUAUCACAUUUCUCAGUGUUAUUCCCUGGGUUCAUUUACUCAUACCCAGGGUGUUAUUUUACAUAAUCUCAUUAUUUGCAUUAAGAUAAAUGUGAAGUUAACCCGAGAUUGUUUAGUUUAUAAUGAUCUCUUACUUUUCCCCAUUUGAACAGAUACAAGCAAGAAAGGAGGCAAGAAGAAGGGUGGUUCCAUGCAGACUGUAUCCUCCCAGUUCAGGGUGAGCUUUUGAAAUGUGUAUUUUCAGUCCUUCAAAAGGUGCAUUGAUUAUCAUAAAUUACUAAUGAAAACAUGGUUUGUAACCCUCUUACAGGAGAACUUGGGCAAGCUGAUGACCAACUUGAGGAGCACUCAUCCUCACUUUGUGCGCUGCCUGAUCCCCAACGAGUCAAAGACUCCAGGUACAAGAAAUAUUGAGUUAAAUACUAUAUGUUAUCAGUAAUCCUAACGAGCACAAUCUUGAACCAGUUUCUGAGUAUUAAAAGAGACUUGGUUUGUUUUUCCAGGUCUGAUGGAGAACUUCCUGGUUAUCCACCAGCUCAGGUGUAACGGUGUACUGGAGGGUAUCAGGAUCUGCAGGAAGGGCUUCCCCAGCAGAAUCAUCUAUGCUGACUUCAAGCAGAGGUACACACACAUUCACAUUACAUUUACAUUUGUGUCAUUUAGCAGAUGCUGUUGUCCAGCAGCAUGACACCCUGCUUCCCACUGCUGGCUUGCCUCUGAAGCUAAGCAGGGUUGGUCCUGGAUGGGAGACCAGAUGCUGCUGGAAGUGGUGCUGGAAGUGGUGUUGUUGCUCUUCCCUCUGCUCUGAGGAGAUCCCAAUGCGCCAGGGCAGUUAAACGGGUGUCCUGACUCUCUGUGGACAUUCAAAAUCCCAUGGCAUGAAACGUAAGAGCGCGGGUGUUAUUAACCCCCGGUCUCCUGGCUUCAUCUCCAAUCUGACCACCUAAUCAUCCCCUUUCCAAUUGGUUCAUUCCUCUCCCCUGUAACUAUUCCCCAGGUUGUUGCUGGAAAUGAGAAUGUGUUCUCAGUCAACUCACCUGGUAAAAAAUAUAUCCUUUUCGUACUGGUCCCCCGCACGCACACACAAAACCACGGAAAAGAUCUACUCUAAAGGUUUUCCCUGCAUGAGAAUAUGCUUUCCUUUAACGUAAUAUAACCAACCUAUUGCAACUUGACAUAUGUUAAACAUGUCUCCUCAUUCAGGUAUAAAGUACUGAAUGCCAGUGUCAUCCCCGAAGGCCAGUUCAUGGACAACAAGAAGGCUUCUGAGAAGCUGCUUGGGUCCAUUGAUGUGAAUCACGAGGAUUACAAGUUUGGACACACCAAGGUCAGUCAAAUACCCCCAGCAAAAGCUGACAACAAAACACAACUUCAAUGAUCAUUUAAACCCUUACCAUUCAAAAUCUCUCCAGUUGAUCUCUCCAGUUGAUCUCUCCAGUUGAUCUCUCCAGUUGAUCUCUCCAGUUGAUCUCUCCAGUUGAUCUAUCCAGUUGAUCUCUCCAGUUGAUCUAUCCACCCUGUUAGUCUUUCUUCUUCAUGAAGCUAAUAUAAGAAGGUGGAGAAACAUUGUACUGUUGUUUUCUUCAAGUAAAGAAGAGAUGAAUUAACCUGUGCAUUGUGUUACAGUGGUAUGGCUGCAGUUAUCUGUAUCGGUUUACAUUAUUCAUCUACAACUGUACAAUACAAAUCAAAUGUUAUUGGUCAUAUACACAUAUUUAGCAGAUGUUAUUGCGGGUGUAGCGAAAUGCUUGUGUUCCGAGCUCCAACAGUGCAGUAGUAUCUAACAAUACACAACAAUACACACUAAUCUAAAAGUAAAAGAAUGGAAUUAAGACAUUUAUAAAUAUUAGAUUGAGCAAUGUUGGAGUGGCAUUGACUAAAAUACAGUAGAAUAUAAUACAGUGUAUAUAUAUAUAUAUAUAUAUAUGAGAUGAGUAAAGCAGUAUGUAAACAUUAUUAAAGUGACUAGUGUUCCAUUAUUAAAGUGGCCAGGGUCCAUGUCAUGUACAUAGGGCAGCAGCCUCUAAGGUGCAGGGUUGAGUAACCAGGUGGUAGCCGGCUAGUGAUGGCUAUUUAACAGUCUGAUGGCCUUGAGAUGUAACCAGGUGGUAGCCGGCUAGUGAUGGCUAUUUAACAGUCUGAUGGCCUUGAGAUAUACCUUACAACUUAUGAACACACUAUCCCAUGGUCUGUUUGUGGUGUUGUUCCUCUCUUUUGAUUGAAACUUUCUAUCUGCCACCAUCUGACUGGCUCCCUAAUUGACCAUGUUUACAUGUGGCUCAGGUGUUCUUCAAAGCCGGUCUGCUGGGUGUCCUGGAGGAGAUGAGAGAUGAGAAGCUGGCCUCUCUGGUCGGCAUGGUCCAGGCUCUCAGCCGUGGAUUCCUCAUGAGGAGAGAGUUCACCAAGAUGAUGGAGAGGAGGUGAGGAAUAGCAGACAUCUUGGCAAAGCUUCCUGUCAACCACCUGUAUGUAAUGAAUUAUGAUUCCAUACUGUAUAUGCUGUGAGUUGUUCACAAUGAGAAAGUACGUCUUAUAAUGUUCUAUUAAAGCUGCAGUUUAGGAUUUGGCAAGCUGUUCAAUUGUCAUUUAAAUGUGUCAUAUUUACCCAUUGAUUCUUGAAGAAUAUGAAAUGCCUCAUGAGCUUAGCAUGACCUGUAAGUCCUUGAAUAUAGAGCGCUGUCUAUGAAUUUAAGAGAGGUUACCUUUCCCUUGCCGCCUUCCUCAGCUGUAUACAGUUUUGUUGUUCUUCCUCUCGCAGAAUGUAGCUUGUCAGUCACCAUACCACUUUAUCCUUUCUGUUGACCAGAGAUGCCGUCUACUCCAUCCAGUACAACAUCCGCUCAUUCAUGAAUGUAAAAACCUGGCCAUGGAUGAAGGUGUACUUCAAGAUCAAGCCCCUACUGAAGAGUGCUGAGACUGAGAAGGAGAUGGCCAACAUGAAGGAGAACUAUGAGAAGAUGCAGACAGACCUGGCCAAGGCUCUGGCCAAGAAGAAGGAGUUGGAGGAGAAGAUGGUGACCCUGCUGCAGGAGAAGAAUGACCUGGCACUCCAAAACGCAUCUGUGAGUGAGCAACAACCUUCAUAAGAGUACAUUUACACACACAUGAUACACACACAGAGACACAUGCAAGCAGACAGACACACACACAGACACACACACAGACACACACUUUCACACUCUCCACAUACACUGCUGCUACUCUGUUUAUUAUCUAUCCUGAUUGACUAGUCACUUUUACCCCUACCUACAUGUACAUAUUACCUCAACUACCAACACUGCUGCUACUGUUUAUUAUCUAUCCUGAUUGACUAGUCACUUUUACCCCUACCUACAUGUACAUAUUACCUCAACUACCAACACUGCUGCUACUCUGUUUAUUAUCUAUCCUGAUUGACUAGUCACUUUUACCCCUACCUACAUGUACAUAUUACCUCAACUACCAACACUGCUGCUACUCUGUUUAUUAUCUAUCCUGAUUGACUAGUUACUUUUACCCCUACCUACAUGUACAUAUUACCUCAACUACCAACACUGCUGCUACUCUGUUUAUUAUCUAUCCUGAUUGACUAGUCACUUUUACCCCUACCUACAUGUACAUAUUACCUCAACUACCAACACUGCUGCUACUCUGUUUAUUAUCUAUCCUGAUUGGCUAGUCACUUUUACCCCUACCUACAUGUACAUAUUACCUCAACUACCAACACUGCUGCUACUCUGUUUAUUAUCUAUCCUGAUUGCCUAGUCACUUUUACCCCUACCCACAUUUACAUUCUGUAUUACCUCAACUACCUGGUACCCCUGCACAUUGACUCUGUACUGGUACUCCUUGUAUAUAGCCUCGUUAUUGUUAUUUAUUGUGUUACUAUUUUCUAUUUGUCUUUGCUAAUUUUCUUCUUAACUCUGCAUUGUUGGUUAAGGGCUCAUAAGUUAGCAUAUCACGGUAAAGUCUACACCUGUUGCAUUCGGCGUAUAUGACAAAAAACAUUUGAUUUGAUGAACACAGGCGUACAGUGUGAAGUAGUGAUAACUGCUAAAAUAAAGGAAACCCAAACAUAACGUUUCUUAAAGGACCCCUCCAGAGGAAGUUGCCGCCACGACUUGGAUGUAAUUCCGAUCCUAGUGCGGAAAUGCUCGUUUAGUUUCACACUCCAAACUACGACAUAUGACUCCUUAUAAAUAUUGAUUAAUUCACAUAGCACAUCUCCACCUUCCUCCGAGUGCACAGCCCAUACAGUUUCUGGCACAGCCCACACUCCGUUUAAACAAACCAAAAAAGCCAGGGUCAGGGUAGCUUUGCUAAUUGCUACGGAGCACAGCACAGCUAGCUAUGACAAGGCGGAGGACCAUCCACUCUCCUCCUCCGUCUUCUGCAACGGAACUGAAUUAUCAAGGAUGAAUACAGAGUUGUAGCUGUAAUACUGGAGUUUUACUGGUGAAGUUAGAGGCUAGUUAACCUACUCCCUAGACCAAUAAUGCUAGCAAGCCAGGUAGCUACUGGUAACUAUUAGCAACUUGGGAUAAUUGGUUCAAGUAUAAGAGUAAUGUUACCUGUAACUAUGUUAGCUAGCCACUAUUCAGCUAUUUUUCUGAAAACCUCAUCUGAAGAGUAGAGAUUAGGUAGUUAGUAACUAGCUAGCUAGCUAGCGACUGCACUCAAAAUGUAGCUAGCUUGUUAGCUACCUGGCUAGCUAUCUAGCUAACUAAACAACAGCUGGAGUAACCUAGCUGUAAUGUUUACAAGAAUCCCCACUAGCUGGCUACUAGACAACCAAUAUAACAUUUGGCCCUAAAGCUUUUUGUAGGGAGCCAAGGAAAGCAAAUCUUGCCUGUAUCAGUGAUGGACAGUAGCUAGAAUGUGGACCAAUAUUUUUAUAGCAAUAUAGCUAGCUACUAAUACAAUAGCCCAACGUCUUGUACAUUGUUUUGAUGUGCCGGUUAGAAUAAGGCUGUCACUUGGUCAACUCCAUGUGGGGGUGCCUGAUGAUCUUCAGAACUUCCCAAUACCUUUUGUAAAAGCUAAAAAUCACAAAUCAAUAUCACCAAUCAAUGAUAAGCUAAAAUCAACAGUGGAUUAAAUUGAUAGACACCUCUAGCGCCCUUAACUAAACCCUCAUUGGUGUGUGCCAAUAAAAUAUUUUUUGUCUAUUACAAUUUUAUGAGAAGCACAAUAUUUAAUAACAAGAAAAACAGAUUCUUACCUUCUACAACUUAUAAACAGCUUUUUGUCUCCCCCUCAGGAUGAUCAGUCCCUCAGUUGGUGUCUAAAACAAUUCUAGCAGCUACUUUAACCCUUCUAUCAAUGAGGUAACCUUAAGGAUUCCUCCUAGAAUUUACCUUAAUAUUUUAAGAAUAAAUAAAAGAUAUAGGUAUAAUAAAAAUAAAAACCUAUCUUAAGCUAAAAAGCUACAGCAAAUAUCUUCUUCCAGCAGGCAACAUGUUCUUCUAACAAGCUCAAAGAGAGUCCCAAAAAUCUCCCAAAACUCCUGCCUCUUUUAUACCCUACUCCUCAUAUUCUGCUAACUCAUCGUGGCUAACACCUGCCCCGAUGGCGCAUUCAGUGGUUGACACCUAAUGUGGCCAUUUCUCAAAAGGUGCUUUAUCAGCACCAACUAGCCCCCACCUUUUUUCCUCACCUAGUUAAGACGUGCGCCUUCACAGGAUGCCCCCCUCCCUGCCUCCUCCUGGCUGCUCUGACCUGGGGAUAUCCAGGGCACCCUUAAUAUGCUUUAUUAACAUUACCUUUUAAAACAUUAAUUUUUAAACAUUAACCUUUCUUACUCCAAUCAAUUUUAAUCUCACUCCAACCUAACUUUUUGCUCCCAUUACAUCCUAAACGUUCAACAUUUUAAACACUUGAACAUUAUAACAAACACAGUUCAUUUUUAUAGCAGCCAUAUAAAAUCAGCAUGAUCACUUUGCUCACAUCGGCUGUCUGUGACCAGGCAAAAAAAACUUUCCAAACCAAACCUUCAUAUCAUGACUGCUAACCGCCACAAACAGACUACAUCGUCGUCACAUCAUAGUCAACAUAGCUACUAGAACUAACACGUUAGUAAACCUGCUACAAUCAUGCAGUACAGUGUACAGUUAGCAGCAAGCAGUUUAGCAGUUACAUCAGUGGUCCCUGGUGGCAAUAAAUGAAUAAAACCUUACCUUGACUUGGAAGAGUUCCAGUGUUGAAUAAUCAUAGUUCGGACUAUCCAAAUAAAGUGUGACUGAUUCUACAAGUGUCUAGAACUCUAUUGCAGGGAUGCGACACCAUUCUUCCACAAUAAAUUCCAUUUGGUGUUUUGUUGAUGGUGGUGGAAAAAACUGUCUCAGGCACCACUCCAAUCACACACACACACACACACACACACACACACACACACACACACACACACACACACACACUUUAAACCCCCUAUGCUCCUUUGAGUCACUGAGAUCUCGUCUUCUAGCCAUGGUAACCCUAACCCAUUUCUAUACAUGACCCUAAGCAUCAUGGGAAAUGUAUUUCUUAUUUAAUUCAGGAACCACACCUGUGUGGAAGCACCUGCUUUCAAUAUGUUUCCUUUAUUUUGGCUGUUACCUGUAUGUGGCUAACUCACUAAUUUUUAUUGCUCAUGUUUAUAUAUAUAUACACAUUUCAUGAAUUUAUGUUGAUUUGCUUUGCCCUCUUUGACAAAUGUUAGUCUAUAUUUUCAUACAGAAAGUGAGGACACAGAUUUUUCUUCCUGUUCUGAAAACAGGAAUCAGAGAAUCUGAACGAUGCUGAGGAAAGGUGCGAGGGGCUCAUCAAGAGCAAGAUCCAGCUGGAGGCCAAACUCAAAGAGACGACCGAGAGGCUGGAGGAUGAGGAGGAAAUGAACGCUGAGUUGACAGCCAAGAAGAGGAAGCUGGAGGAUGAGUGCUCUGAGCUGAAGAAGGACAUUGAUGACCUGGAGCUCACCCUGGCCAAAGUGGAGAAGGAGAAGCACGCCACUGAAAACAAGGUCUCGUGUCUUACCAUAGACAGUCUAACCAAACAAGAAUCAAAAUAGUAAUCAACUCAAGACAUAGCUUAACAGAAAUGGAAUUCAAGUCGUAUUCUGGGUGCAGGAAAAAUUGUUGAAUUUCAGUUGCGGGGUACUCCCCACAUUCAUUGCAUAUUCGGCUCCCCCUUGUUUAUGACUUCCAUUCAGCACACUGCCAUCUAGUGGUGAAUCAAUAGUACAGCACUUGUUGAUACAUUUCUAAUCUGAAUGAAAUGAAUGCAAUAGAUUUCAAACUAAAUCUUCCCUUUAUGGUGAAGUGACCAAAGACACAUUUUGUUUUGACCGUUUUCAGGUUAAAAACCUGACAGAGGAGAUGGCAUCUAUGGAUGAGAGUGUUGCCAAGCUGACCAAGGAGAAGAAAGCCCUCCAAGAGGCCCACCAGCAGACACUGGACGACCUGCAGGCAGAAGAAGACAAAGUCAACACUCUGACCAAAGCCAAGACCAAGAUGGAACAGCAAGUGGAUGACGUGAGUGGAGUUUGACAUUUUGGCCAUGAUGGCAUUAUCUUCAGUUGUUUGGAUUUGAACAAUAUAUGUGUGUUUUUAUGUUGUAGCUUGAGGGUUCUCUGGAGCAAGAGAAGAAGCUCCGUAUGGACCUUGAGAGAGCCAAGAGAAAGCUGGAGGGAGAUCUGAAACUGACCCAGGAGUCCAUAAUGGACCUGGAGAAUGACAAGCAGCAGUCUGAUGAGAAAAUCAAGAAGUAAACAAACAAAUGGCUGCAGUAUUACCUACUACAUUGAUCAACAUAAUGGGGGUUCUUGACUAAUUCUUGUAAUUAUGAAUUAGCAUUUGCAUGUGAUUUUUAAAAGCAAAGUGAAUGGUAUGAUUCUCUGUCUUUAAACUAUCGAAACCAAAACCAACUCUGCAAUCUACGUGUUUGUGUUUCUUAGGAAGGACUUUGAGACCACCCAGCUCCUCAGCAAGAUUGAGGAUGAGCAGUCUCUGGGAGCUCAGCUGCAGAAGAAGAUCAAGGAACUCCAGGUACAACAGGAUAUAAGCUCCAGUACAGGAAAGCACCUGAAUCAUCUCCUGGUAGCACACCUUUCUACUGGUGGCUUCUGAUGGCUCAGUAGGCUGGAAGAUGGUGUUUCUUGCUGCUGCUUCUUACUGAUGUUAUGAUGGUGCUUCCGUAGAGUUAGAUAGAGAACUAAUACUUUAUCUGUGACAUUAUGGCCCCUGUGACAGCAUGGACAGCUCAAUUUUAACGUAGUCGAUUGUCUUCUUCUUUUGUGCUUGAAAAAAGUGUAAACCUAAUAUUUGUGAUUUACCGCCACCUGCAGUGCUGGAGUCCUGAGCAAAAUCUUGUCAUUAAUUUAUUGCUGCCACAAGAUGGUGGUGUUAUAGCUUAAAGACAUUUUCUAAACAUAGGCAACACAGUUUGAAAAAGACAACCCUCUAAUCAUUGGCCCAGUUAACUACUUUAAAAUGGUGGAAGCCCUCAAUGGCAAUGUCCUAAAAUGGGUUCCAUCCAUCCAGAGUCCUCUAUCUAACUCUAUGGGUAGAUUCUACUGCUGUGGGUUUGGUUCCUGCAUGGGACACUGUCUAUUGAAUAUAUUAGUGUAACUGACUUUGUUUCAACAUAUUUAUGCAAAAUAUACAUCCUAUUAUUAUUUUGUGAGGUUCCAAUGUUUCAACUUUAUUGUAGUGUUCAUUCCCCGCUGCUCCUGCCCCCUGCUUUAGGCCCGUAUUGAGGAGCUGGAAGAAGAAAUUGAGGCUGAGCGUGCUGCCAGGGCCAAAGUUGAGAAGCAGAGGGCUGAUCUCUCCAGGGAACUUGAGGAGAUCAGCGAAAGGCUAGAGGAUGCCGGAGGUGCCACUGCUGCUCAGAUUGAGAUGAACAAGAAGCGCGAGGCUGAGUUCCAGAAGCUGCGUCGUGAUCUUGAAGAGUCCACCCUGCAGCAUGAGGCCACAGCCGCCGCUCUGCGCAAGAAGCAGGCCGACAGUGUGGCUGAGCUUGGGGAGCAGAUUGACAAUCUGCAGCGCGUCAAGCAGAAGCUGGAGAAGGAGAAGAGUGAGUACAAGAUGGAGAUUGAUGACCUCUCCAGCAACAUGGACACCAUCGCCAAGGCUAAGGUGAGUAGUGAUGUUUUUUGGUCAGGCAGUGUUGAGGAGGGUCAACUACAUUACCAUUCACGUCAACUGAAGUAAUAAUGGUACAUGUUUCACUAACAGGGCAAUCUGGAGAAGAUGUGCCGUACUCUUGAGGACCAGCUGAGUGAGAUCAAGACUAAGAAUGAUGAGAAUCUUCGCCAGGUUAACGACAUCAGUGGACAGAGGGCCAGACUUCUGACAGAAAAUGGUACCAUCAACAAUUAACAACAAACCAAUGUUUUCCUUAAGUCUAGUCCACAUUAAAAUAUUUGGAUAAAAGCAUCUGAUAAAUUGAAUAUAUUAUCGCAUAGUUUCUAUUGUACUAUUCACCACCUAACAUUGCCCUACAAUACCUAAAAAACAAUUUCAAACAUAGAGAACAGAGAAACCAUUAACAAGAUGUCCCUCUAUCUCUGCAGGUGAGUUUGGCCGCCAGCUGGAGGAGAAGGAAGCCCUGGUGUCUCAGCUAACCAGAGGCAAACAGGCCUUCACCCAGCAGGUGGAGGAGCUGAAGAGGCAGAUUGAGGAGGAGGUCAAGGUAAGGGACCCAAUAUGGACUCCACCAACCACAGAGUUUAGAGAAAUAUCUACAUACAGUGGGGGAAAAAAGUAUUUAGUCAGCCACCAAUUGUGCAAGUUCUCCCACUUAAAAAGAUGAGAGAGGCCUGUAAUUUUCAUCAUAGGUACACGUCAACUAUGACAGACAAAAUGAAAAAAAAAAUCCAGAAAAUCACAUUGUAGGAUUUUUUAUGCAUUUAUUUGCAAAUUAUGGAGGAAAAUAAGUAUUUGGUCAAUAACAAAAGUUUCUCAAUACUUUGUUGUAUACCCUUUGUUGUCAAUGACACAGUUCAAACGUUUUCUGUAAGUCUUCACAAGGUUUUCACACACUGUUGCUGGUAUUUUGGCCCAUUCCUCCAUGCAGAUCUCCUCUAGAGCAGUGAUGUUUUGGGGCUGUCGCUGGGCAACACGGACUUUCAACUCCCUCCAAAGAUUUUCUAUGGGGUUGAGAUCUGGAGACUGGCUAGGCCACUCCGGGACCUUGAAAUGCUUCUUACGAAGCCACUCCAUCGUUGCCCGGGCGGUGUGUUUGGGAUCAUUGUCAUGCUGAAAGACCCAGCCACGUUUCAUCUUCAAUGCCCUUGCUGAUGGAAGGAGGUUUUCACUCAAAAUCUCACGAUACAUGGCCCCAUUCAUUCUUUCCUUUACACGGAUCAGUCGUCCUGGUCCCUUUGCCGAAAAACAGCCCCAAAGCGCAGUAGGUAUGGUGUUCUUUGGAUUCAACUCAACAUUCUUUGUCCUCCAAACACGACGAGUUGAGUUUUUACCAAAAAGUUAUAUUUUGGUUUCAUCUGACCAUAUGACAUUCUCCCAAUCAGAUCAUAUGAGCGGAGUGGAGCGGGAGCGAGCGUGGAGCGUGAGCGGACGGAUUUUGAACAGAGCGCAGAGCGACAUUUUUAAAAGGACGGAGUGUCGCCCUAUGUCCCGCUCCAAUUUCGCAUGCUCAAGCCUGACCCAGAAUCCAUCUGUUUAAUUUAAUUUGUGUCGUCCAUGAAUUUGUAUUUUAUAGAGCGAGAGGAGCAGCAGCAGCAACAAGAGAAAAGGGUUGAGGAAUUCAAAAGUGUAUUCACUGCAUGCAAAGGCCCAACCAUAACAAGGGAGAGAAAAAGAGAGCUGGAUGUAGCAUUUUUUAAAAUGAUUUUCAUGGACUAUGAACCGCUGAGUAAAGGAGAAUGCGAAGGGAUGCAACACUUCGCCAGCGCAGCUCAACCGGGCUACACCCCCCCAAGAAACUAUGAUAAAUCAGUACUUUACUGUCAAAUUUACAUCUGAGAUGCCCCAUUCACAUGCUUCAGCUGGCGAUCAAAAACGCAGUUAACGAGCACGACAACAUUAAUAGGCUGUUAGUGAAAGUCGGGCACCUGGUGAAAAGUGUACGCAAGAGCACAGAGGAAACCGACCAAUUAGGUGUCCGCCCCACAAAUGCCUGCGCCAUUCGAUGGAGCAGCCAGCUGCGGAUGAUUCAGUCAUUCAUCCGGUUGUUCCAAAAAGACCCGUUAUGGCAAAACAAACUCAAGUCUAACGUUGCUAACAUCACCCUGAAUCAAGUACGGCAGCUGACGUACCUUGUCAGUGUGCUGACACCACUAGCAGACCUCACAGACAAAAUGCAGAAGGAGCUGGGGAACCUGGGGAUGAUCCUCCCUGCUGUCACAGAAAUCAAAUCCCUGCUCACCGAUUACACUCACGCUGCACUUCCAAUGGGCAUCGCUGCUUUUGCAGAAACAUUGGCAAACAACGUGUCAAUUCGCUAUGGAAUAUACUAUACUGAUUAACAUCUCAUUUUAGCGUCAGUGUUAGAUCCCCGUUUCAAGACAGAAUGGAUAAUCCGAGAUGAGUCUGUAUGCAACAAAUUCGGGGAGAUAAAGUAAGGCUGUGGUUUAAGCUAAAGGUGAAAUACAUGCAGAUUUUGUUCCUUUUUUGGAGUGAGCGGGGGGCGAUUUGAGUGGAGCGCGAUGCAAACUGCGUUGAGCGCUGAGCGAUAAUGAGCGGACUGGCCUGAUGUGGCUUUGAGCGGGGGGAGCGGAGGGGUGAACAGCUCCGUGAGCGAGGAGCUGAGAUUCUCACCGCUCCACUCCGCUCAUAUGCUCUGCUCCCAAUCCUCUUCUGGAUCAUCCAAAUGCACUCUAGCAAACUUCAGAUGGGCCUGGACAUGUACUUUGAAGAGGGGGAUGACCGCAGCAGCUUUCGUAUCUCUGGGGAUCUCAGACGUUACGAAAGAGAGGUUGAACAGGCUAGUAAUAGGGGUUGCGACAAUUUCGGCGGCUAGUUUUAGAAAGAAAGGGUCCAGAUUGUCUAGCCCAGCUGAUUUGUAGGGGUCCAGAUUUUGCAGCUCUUUCAGAACAUCAGCUGUCUGAAUUUGUGUGAAGGAGAAGCAGGGGGGGGCAUUGGCAAAUUUCAGCGGAGGGUGCAGAGUUGGUGGCCGGGGUAGUGGUAGCCAGGUGGAACGCAUGGCCAGCCGUAGCAAAAUGCUUGUUGAAAUUCUCGAUUAUUGUAGAUUAAUCGGUGGUGAUAGUGUUUCCUAGCCUCUGGGAGGAAGUGCUCUUAUUCUCCAUGGACUUUACAGUGUCCCAAAACUUUUUGGAGUUAGUGCUACAGGAUGCAAAUUUCUGUUUGAUGUGGAUGGGAGCGUGCUCUGCUCUCUGUUUCCUCUAGUCCACGAUCAGCUUCUUUGUCUUGCUGAUGUUUAGAACAGGGAGUACAGGUGGGGACUAAGCACACACCCGAGGGGCCCCUGUAUUGAGGGUCAGUGUGGCGGAUGUGUUGUUGCCUACCCUCAAAACCUGGGGGCGGCCCGUCAGAAAGUCUCAGGGUCCUGAGCUUAGUGAUGAGCUUGGAGGGCACUAUGGUGUUGAAUGCUUAGCUGUAGUCAAUGAACAGCAUUCUCACAUAGGUGUUCUUUUUGUCCAGGUGGGAGAGGGCAGUGUGGAGUGCAGUAGAGAUUGCAUCAUCUGUGGAUCUGUUGGGGCGGUAUGUGAAUUGGAGUGGGUCCAGGGUGUCCAUGUCCUUGUUCAGCCAAGACUCUGAGAAACAUAGAAUAUUACAGUUCUUCAGGUCCCAUUGAUAGGACGGAGUUGAUCCAGUUUGUUUGCCAGUGACUGCACAUUCUCCAACAGAACAGAGGGCAACGGCGGUCUAUCCUAACCCUAACCCUAACCCAGAACAGAGGGCAAUGGCGGUCUAUUUGUUCGCCGACGUAAUCUCGUUAGGAGGCCGCCUCACCUGCCUCUUUUUCACCGCCACUUUCGAGUCCCAGGGAUUAGGCCCUGGUCCGAAGUAAGCAGAAGGCCCAGAGCUUCCGAUUCGUUGAAGUAGAAAUCUUCAUCCAAAUCGAGGCAAGUGAUCGCUGUUCUGAUGUCCAGAAGGAAAUGAUGGCGGAGACAUUACGUACAAAAAAGUUAAGAUCAGCAUUAAAAAAAACAGCAGAAUUGGUCAGAAUCCCGCAAAAUGUCCACUAUCCACUGCAGCGCCAUCUACUUUCAUUUGUUUUACUAUCUCUCUAAUCUCUCUGUUUUUCCCUUUCUCUCUCACAGGCUAAAAACGCACUGGCCCAUGGUGUCCAGUCUGCCCGCCAUGACUGUGACCUCCUGAGGGAGCAGUUUGAGGAGGAGCAGGAGGCCAAGGCAGAGCUGCAACGCGGCAUGUCCAAGGCCAACAGCGAGGUGGCUCAGUGGAGGACUAAGUAUGAAACUGAUGCCAUUCAGCGCACAGAGGAGCUGGAGGAGGCCAAGUGAGUCGCACGCAACAGCAACAACUCACAUAUAGGGUGUGGAUGGUGAUGGCGGUAGGGUAGUCUCGUAAACCCACACCCUAGGCAACAGCGGUGUGGUCUGGUUUCUUGGCAACUUCAAUAAGAAAAAUAAAAGUGGGGUGGGUCCUCUUAAAAAUAACCCCUGUGAUCUCCAUCUUGCUAGCUACUAUUUGGUAUUUUAUUCAAACCGAUAAGGUACCCACUGGGCAGACCACGUCAUUUCAAUGUGGAGAAUUUGGGUAAUAUUUGGUAGAUACAUUGAUCAAUGAGAUUCCAGCACAUUUUCACCCACUCAAAAAGACAGCUAAGAGUUUGAUGCUUUCAACCAUCUAAAAUCACAACCAAAUUACAAUUGAAAAUCAAUGUCUGAUUGUUUUAUUUAGUUGUCACCUAAAUGGGUUAUCACUGUGCUUUCAAUCAUUUAAAAGUACACCAAAGUUAAAAUGGGAAUCCAAUGUCAUAUUUUGUUUCUUUAUAAAAAAUAUAAAUAAAAUCAAUCAGAUCAAGCGUUAACCGGUGAUAGCCGACACCCACAUAGCUGAUUUUUUGGCGGUGUCGAAAGUGUAACUGCGUUGGAAUUGUCAAAUCGGUGAGCAGCUGCUCUUGAUCAUUGUCACAAAGCCACACCCAUCCCACUUGCGAUACAAGUUCAGAACGAGAAAGUGUGGGCUAUAUAGAAAUAAUGACGCUCAAAUUGAAAAUCAUUAAACUAAAUAAUGAGGAUUUCUAUCAGCCUAAUUUCCAGUGUUCAAACUUGUAAACAGGGCUGAAUGAGAUUAAUGCGACUCCAUGCAGCCAAUGGCAAUGUCCGCUUUAGGUAUAAUGCCAGGAGAUGCUUGUGGAUUGGACAGCUCUAAGGCAGUUCCACCUCCGACACCGCCAAAACAACCGCUAUCUGGAUGUCGGCUUAAAUCUGGAUGUCGGAUCUGAUUGAAUAGAGCCCUUAACGUUAUCAAUAUGCUUGAUCAAAUUGCACAACCAAAUUACCUGGAUUUCAGCUAGUUGAGAUGACAUUGAAGUACAUAGUGCACGUGAUCCCUGUGUAGUUCAGUUGGUAGAGCAUGGUGCUUGCAACGCCAGGGUUGUGGGUUCGAUUCCCACGGGGGGCCAGUAUAUAUUUUUUAAAUUAUGCACUCACUACCUGUAAGUCGCUCUGGAUAAGUGCGUCUGCUAAAUGUCUAAUAUGUAAAUGUAAAGUGAUCAAUGCCGUUUGAGAUUCUGUGCAGAUUAUUAUAGCAAUUGUGAAGAUUUCCACAGACCUGCGACCCUGAACGCUUUCUGUGAUUACAUAAGAAGACAUUUAUUGUUACAGUAACCUCAAAAUGUGGCCAUGGAUGUGAUACUCAUUGUAAGGUUGAAUAAAUACUGUUACAUUAGUUUGUAAGAUAGUUACUAGCUUCAUGUUAGGCUGUCUUACAAAAGUAAUAUUGAAGUGUGUCUGGCUUGAAUUCCAGUUUGUCUACAAAUUAAUAAUUGAAAUGUUGGAUUCAUGUCUCCAUUUCAACCAAAAAUCAAUGUUAAUUAAUAGGUCUAAAUCAAACUUUAAAGGAUUUGAUUUAGUCAUUCUUUAACUUAGAUUUUUGGUUGAGAGACUUGAGAUGGAGACAUGAAUCCAACAUAUUAUUUUGCUAACUUGCGGAUUCCAUUUGAAAGCAACCAAAGCUUGAAACCCUAGGCCUAUAUGUCUAUUUUUAGUUGAAUCCUGGGUUAAAUUUAAACAAUAGCUGUUGAUGACUUCUCAAAGGCCUAAAUUGCAUCAUUGAUGAUAUGACUGAUAAAAUAUGGUUACAUUUCAUUUGCCCUGUUAAACCUACCCUUUGGAAUGACUUUGAUAGCAACAGUGAAUCUAUUAAGUGGAGAUUUCUCAACAAUCAUUCUCACGAUAGCACAUUGGUAACAGUCUGUAACAAAUAUGAAAGCCAAGCAGGGCUUGGUUAAAACCCUGGAUGGGAGACCAAAGGGUAGUUGUAGAUAGAUCAACUCUCCAGUAGGAGGUGCUGCCCAGCCUAUUGUUUUUUUUUCUUAUAGUGGAUAUUAUGUUGAAGAUCUGAUGUUGUUUCAAAGGUACAAAUUCAACAUAUUUUAUAAAAGGUUUGUCAGUGUUGAAAAUAUAACCAUGUUGAUGUAAUCCUGUAGUUGAAUUGUCACCCUCAAAAAAAUUGUUUGUUAAUAACUUUUUUUCAAAUCCAAUGUAUUUUCCAUGUAACAAUACAUUGACAAAUGAUGUUGAAACAAUGUUGAUUUAACCAGUUUGUGCCCAGUGGGUAGUGAUGUAGGCAGUGACAUAGUUCUAAACUUCCAUUCUAUUAUGUACAGAGGUGUUAGCCUGGAACAUUGGAACAUUGUUGGAGGCAACCCGGAUGUCUAGAGAGACUAGUGGUAGGGGGCUCUGAGAAAAUGUCAAUAAGUAUUGUAACAUUUGUUUGGAACAAAUGAUUCACUAUAAAACCACCCUCUGUUGUCCAAUAGGAAGAAGCUAACCCAGCGUCUGCAGGAGGCUGAGGAGACCAUCGAGGCAGUUAACGCCAAGUGCGCCUCCCUGGAGAAGACCAAGCAGAGGCUGCAGGGAGAGGUGGAGGACCUCAUGAUUGAUGUUGAGCGAGCUAACGCAAUGGCCUCCAACCUUGACAAGAAGCAGAGGAACUUUGACAAGGUGAAAAUGAAUAAACCUCACCCUAGGGGGAUAUUUUCUGUCUGCUAUAUGAUCAGUUGUAGUGUAAUUGUACAAUAUUCCUGAUUCAAAACUCCAUCAAUGAGUUCUAAUGAAAAUCCCAUGGAUUUCCCUAGGUUCUGUCAGAGUGGAAGCAGAAGUAUGAGGAGGGCCAGGCUGAGCUGGAAGGAGUUCAGAAGGAGGCUCGCUCAAUGAGCACUGAACUAUUCAAAAUGAAGAACUCCUACGAGGAGGCUCUGGAUCAUCUGGAGACUCUGAAGAGAGAGAACAAGAACCUGCAACGUGAGGAUCUGACAGCAGAUCUAUUUUGCUCAUGUUUGACUAGUGUUUUGAAAAUGACAUCCAGAUUACUAUUACACCAUCUCUGAAUUUUCAUGUACAGUAUAAAAUUAUAUUAUUGGGGCUCGUAAUCGGUGUUCCUUCGAACAACCCAAUGAAGUGGAGGGCAAUUAGAUUUGCAAGACCAUAUGAAGUGCUGUUAAUGAAUUAUCUGUUAUUAUGAUUCAGUGUCAACUUCAGUACAUUGGUAAUAUCCACAAAAAAAUCUCCCAAGUCUAAACUGCUCCUGUGUUUGUGUGUGCAGAGGAGAUCUCUGACCUGACUGAGCAGAUCGGAGAGACUGGCAAGAGCAUCCAUGAGCUGGAGAAGGCCAAGAAGACCGUGGAGACAGAGAAGUCUGAGAUCCAGACAGCUCUGGAGGAGGCUGAGGUACAAACUACAGCUGUUUGAUGGGAAAAGCAGUGUUACACGAGCCAAUACCAACUACAGUCUAAUGCUCCCUGUAUUGGUGUUUAUUGUAGUCAUAUAUAUUUAAUUGCUUGUGUUAUUCACGUCCAAAUGUAUUGAACACAAUUCGCCUGACUGCUUCUCCUUGUCCAGGGCACACUGGAGCACGAGGAAUCCAAGAUUCUGCGUGUGCAACUGGAGCUGAACCAGGUCAAGGGUGAGGUGGACAGGAAGCUGGCUGAGAAGGACGAGGAGAUGGAGCAGAUCAAGAGGAACAGCCAGAGGUUGACUGACUCCAUGCAGAGCACCCUGGACUCUGAGAUCAGGAGCAGGAAUGACGCCCUGAGGGUGAAGAAGAAGAUGGAGGGAGACCUGAACGAGAUGGAGGUCCAGCUGAGCCACGCCAACCGCCAGGCGGCUGAGGCCCAGAAACAGCUGAGGAACGUCCAGGGACAGCUCAAGGUAAAGGGAAUGGGACAUCAGGCUCAAAAACCUGAACAUGGGGAGGGAUUUGUUUGUGAAUCUUUAAAAAAGGAUAGAACAGAGGAAUUGAAUGGAUUGGACUAAUAUGCUGUAGAAAUGUAGGGAUAUUGAGGAAAUUCUUACCAAUAAACAUUUCUAUCACCGAUCCUAUCACCCCUACUUCCACAAGUCCUAAUGAACCUGUCAUUAUGAACCCCAGGAUGCCCAAUUGCACCUUGAUGACGCCGUCCGCGCCUCAGAGGACAUGAAGGAGCAGGCAGCCAUGGUGGAGCGCAGGAACGGUCUGAUGGUGGCUGAAAUCGAGGAGCUGAGAGUUGCUCUGGAGGUGACAGAGAGAGGCCGCAAAGUGGCUGAGACUGAGCUGGUAGACGCCAGCGAGCGUGUUGGACUGCUACACUCCCAGGUACAGGUCAAAAUCUAUUUCUUAUGAAACCAAACAUACCAUUUACACACAUGAUAUUCGACAGUGCUUGCUUUUAAAUGUCAUAACUUCUGCCUUAUAACAUGUAAGUUCUCUUGAGAGUCAAACAAAUUGUCUUGUUUCCCACAGAACACCAGCCUUCUGAACACCAAGAAGAAGCUGGAGACUGACCUGCUGCAGGUGCAGGGAGAGGUGGAAGACAUCGUCCAGGAAGCCAGGAAUGCAGAGGAGAAGGCCAAGAAGGCCAUCACUGACGUGAGUCCUUCUGAUCUAUUCAAUUACAGCAACUUGAUUUGUCCCCAAUGGUAAUUGGGCUGGUUAACACUAGAAUGGCUGAGCCUCGAGGCAUCCCAGUUUGAGCCAAUGUAGAUUCUAACAGCCUAAUAAAUACAUUUAUUGCCUUCAGAAAGUACUCAUACCCCUUGACUUAUUCCACAUGUUGUUGUUCCAGCCUGAAUUCAAAAUGGAUUACAUAUUUUUUCACCAAUCUACAAACAAAACUCCAUAAUGACAAAGUGAAAACAUGUUUUUAGGAAAUUUUGGAAAUGUGAUAAAUGAAAUACAGUCAAUACUUUGUAGAAGCACCUUUGGCAGCGAUUACAGCUUUGAUUAGUCUUGGGUAUGUCUCUAUCAGCUUUGCACAUCUGGAUUUUGGGAUUUUCUCCCAUUGUCCUUGCAGAUUUUCUCAAGCUCUGUUAAGUUAUAUGGGGAGUGGAUGUGAACAGAAAACUUAAAGUUUUUCCAUUGAUUUUCAAUGGGAUUCAAGUCUGGGCUUUGGCUGGACUUUCAAAUGUUUGUUCUGAAGCCAUUCCAGUGUUGCUUUGACUGUAUGCUUGUGGUCACUGUCCUGUUGGAGCGCACAUUUUUGCCCCAGUCUAAGGUCGCUUGCACUCUGAAUCAGGUGUGCCUGUAUUUUGCUCCAUUCAUGGUUCCCUCUAUACUUACCAGUCUCCCUGCCGCUGAAAGGAUCCCCAUAGCAUGAUGCUGCCACCACCAUGCUUCACGGUAGGGAAGAAGGGUGAUGAGCUUUGCCUGGUUUUCUCCAGACAUAGCAGUUUGCAUUCAGGCCAAAGAGUUCAAUUUUUGUGUCAUCAGACCACAUCAUCUUUUGCCUUAUGCUCUUAGUCGUUCAUGUGCCUUUUUGCAAACUCCAGGCGUGCUGUCAUGUGCCUUUUUCUCAGUAGUGGCUUCCAUCUAGCCACUCUCCCAUAAAGCCCAGAUUGGCGAAGUGCUGUAGAGACGUCCUCGUGGCAGGUUUUCCCAUCUCAGCCAAGGAACUCUGUAGUUCUGUCAGAGUGGUCCGGUUGCUCAGUUUGGUCGGACGGCCAGCUCUAGGCAGAGUCUGGUAGUUCCAUAUUUUUUCAAUUUCCCAAUGAUGGAGACCACUGUGGUCUUGGAAACGUUCAACAUUUGUUUUAUACCCUUCCCCAGAUACACAGUACCAGUCAAAAGUUUGGACACACCUACUCAUUCCAGGGUUUUUCUUUAUUUUUAGUAUUUUCUACAUUGUAGAAUACUAGUGAAGAUAUCAAAACUAUGAAAUAACACAUUUGGAAUCAUAAGUAACCAUAAAAGUGUUCAACAAAUCAAAAUAUAUUUGAGAUUUGAGAUUCUUCAAAUAGCCACCCUUUGCCUUGAUGACAGCUUUGCACACUCUUGGCAUUCUCUCAACCAGCUUCAACUGGAAUGCUUUUCCAACAGUCUUGAAGGAGUUGGCUGCUUUUCCUUCACUCUGCCGUCCGACUCAUCCCAAACCAUCUCAAUUGGGUUGAGGUCGGGGGAUUGUGGAGGCCAGGUCAUCUGAUGCAGCACUCCAUCACUCUCCUUCUUAGUAAAAUAGCUCUUACACAGCCUGGAGGUGUGUUGGGUCAUUGUCCCACUAAGCCCAAACCAGAUGGGAUGGCGUAUCACUGCAGAAUGCUGUGGUAGCCAUGCUGGUUAAGUGUGCCUUGAAUUCUAAAUAAAUCACAGACUGUGUCACCAACAAAGCACCCGCACACCAUAACACCUCCUCCUCCAUGCUUUACGGUGGGAAAUACACAUGCAGAGAUCAUCCGUUCACCCACACCGCAUCUCACAAAGCCACGGCGGUUGGAACCAAAAAUCUCCAAUUUGGACUCCAGACCAAAGCAAUGCAGAUGUAGAUGCACAGUGGCUAGGAAAAAUCUCUUAGAAAGGCAGGAACCUAGGAAGAAACCUAGAGAGGAACCAGGCUCUGAGGGGUGGCCAGUCCUCUUCUGGCUGUGCCGGGUGGAGAUUAUAAGAGUACAUGGCCUUUAAGGCCAGAUCAUUCUUUAAGAUGUUCAAACGUUCAUAGAUGACCAGCAGGGACAAAUAAUAAUCACAGUGGUUGUCAGUUGGCUUUUCAUAGCCGAGCAUUCAGAGGAUGAGACAGCAGGUGAGAGAGAGAGAUGAAAACAACAGGUCUGGGACAAGUUAUUGAUAUGUUCAUCAAGAGAGAGAUCAGGGUCAAGAGUAACGCUGAGGUCCUUCAGUUUUAUUUGAGACGACUAUUCAACCAUCAAUAUUAAUUGUCAGAUCAAAAAUGCAGAUCUCUUUGUUUCUUGGGACCUAAAACAAGCAUAUAUGUCAGAGUUUUAAAGUUUUAAAAAUGCAGCCAUUCACUGCCUUAUGUCUGAAACACAGGCUUCCAAGGUAGGCAAUUUUUGAGCUUCACCAUGUUUUGUUGAAAUGUAGGGUUAGGGUUAGUGUGUCGUCCGCAUAGCAGUGAGAGUUUAAGUUGUGUUUCCGAAUGACAUCACCAAGAGGUAGAAUAUAUAGUGAAAACAAUAGUGGUCCUAAAAUGGUAAAAAUUCUAAUAAUUAGCUGGUUGAUUAUCUGCAUCCAGUUAAUUACAACUAAGGUUGGAGCAAAAACCUACAGAAGGGUAGCUCUCCAGGAACAGCGUUGCUCUAGCGUUGCUGUAGCGUUGCUGUAGCGUUGCUCUAGCGUUACUGUAGCGUUGCUCUAGCGUUGCUGUAGCGUUGCUCUAGCGUUGCUGUAGCGUUGCUCUAGCGUUGCUGUAGCGUUGCUGUAGCGUUGCUCUAGCAUUGCUGUAGCGUUGCUCUAGCGUUGCUCUAGCGUUGCUGUAGCGUUGCUCUAGCGUUGCUCUAGCGUUGCUCUAGCGUUGGAGAUCCCUGGUCUAGAGAGAAACACAUUAAACAAACUACCAUUCCAGGCGGCCAUGAUGGCUGAGGAGCUGAAGAAAGAGCAGGACACUAGCUCUCACCUGGAGAGGAUGAAGAAGAACCUGGAGGUCACAGUCAAGGACCUGCAGCACCGCCUGGAUGAGGCUGAGAAUCUGGCCAUGAAGGGAGGCAAGAAGCAGCUCCAGAAACUGGAGUCCAGGGUGAGUUAACAGCAGGGUGGAUUAGAGUGGAUUGAAAGACUGAUUUCUGGAUAUUUAUUUGAUCAUGUAAAAAUACACAGGGGCAUUGUGUAAUGACUUUUCUCUCAAUAACCCACCUAGAUAAGGAAAAGCUGUUGUUAACAUUACAGAUCCCUUCCAUUAAAAUUGUAAAAGUACAUAUGAACAGACAACUAUUGUGCCUCCUUGACCGAGUAGAAGACUCUGUUUUACAAAGAUUUGUUACUCAUGAUUUCACCACCUCAAACACAUGCCUAUGUUCAUGUCUUCUACAAAGGUGCGUGAGCUUGAGACUGAGUUGGAGGCCGAGCAGAAAAGAGGUGUAGACGCGGUCAAGGGAGUCCGCAAGUAUGAGCGCAGAGUCAAGGAGCUCACUUACCAGGUAAGAGGAAGUGCCUUCUUCACACACUUGACACUAACACAGACAGGUUUGUGUAUAAAACUGAGGCAUUGAUUCUUUGAUUUUGUCCCACAGACUGAGGAAGAUAAGAAGAACGUUGGCAGACUUCAGGACCUGGUAGAUAAGCUGCAGAUGAAAAUGAAGGCCUACAAGAGGCAGGCUGAGGAAGCGGUGAGUCACAGACUUAGUCAAAUACUCUGAAAGCUUUCGAAAACAUAUUUUUCCCUAGUUAACUUCAUGUCAAUACAGUUUAGUUAAAGCUGAGAUCCGCCAAAGGUGAAACAGCAACACUGGUUGCCCCAGGCACAUUUGUUAUCAUUUUUGUUUUGUUUAUCAAACGAAGGAGAUGAGUAUGAAGUUUUGUGCUAAAAUAUAAUCUAUUGUGUGUGCAAGUUAGUGAAAUGCUCAACUUGCAAGCCCUACCCAACAGUGCAGUAGUCAAUAAUAGUAUAACUAAUAAAUACAUAUAUAACCCUAACACGAGAAAUAAACAAGAGGAAAAAUAUAUAAUUUAGAAAAAAAAGUGUUUGUUGUUUUAAGUAGCGUCUUUGUUGUUGUAAUAACGGAUGCUUCACUGCAACGGAUUCCAACUUUAAAGUACUUCUGCACAACAGUCAGUUGAUAUUGCAAGUUAUUGCUGAAGACAUUAUGCACAUUUCUGAGGACCUCCUAUGUCUGUGUUACCUACUUAAAGAAUAGGGUUAUUAUUCAUAUUAAUCUGCUGUUCUGGGGUUUGGUCUACUGGUAGCACUGCAGCAACACACUUUCUCUGCUGUAUCAUCUAGCCCCCUAUAUACCGUACAUUGCUGUCUGACGAUAAAAAAAAACUUUAAAUACUUACAAAAUAUAUAUAUAUCUGAAUUUGCUACCUGAAUCUUCAAACUUUGAAACUGAUGUUAUGCUCUCCCUCGCUUUUCCUCACCCAGGAGGAAGCAGCCAAUCAGCACAUGUCUAAGUUCAGGAAGGUUCAGCAUGAGCUGGAGGAGGCUGAGGAGCGUGCGGACAUCGCUGAGACUCAGGUCAACAAGCUCAGAGCCAAGACCCGCGACACUGGAAAGGUACAGAGCUACACCUGA